GAAACACUGAGCUGAGAACUACCAAGGACACCGCAAACCCUGUAUCUUCUCCACUACGUCUCUGCACCAUCUGAAGACACAGAAAUGCCUAACAGAAGAUCUGCAUCCAGUAUCCGGUCUGAUAACAGCGACAUGGACCUAGAAGGAAUGGCGGACAGCGAGCUGGCCAAACUACAACGUAUGUUUCGCCUGAAGGAAGGACAGCGACAAGCAACCACCAUUGGGAAACAGGAGCAAAUCAGGAGACAACUAGCUGAGAUGCAUACAUUGGAAAGAGAGAGGGGUGAACUACUGAAGGAUUUGAGGCUAUCAGAGAGUCGAAGUAACCAGUCCCGUGACCAGGACCAUCAGGGAAAGUUGUAUUCCUUGCUGGAACAGAAGGAUGAGUUGGAAGAGCAGCUGGCCUCUGAGAAGCAAACAAUUGCUGAUCUGGAUCAAGAGAUAAAAUCAUGGGAAAAGAAAAUCUCUAAUCAAAGGAAACAAAUAAGAGGGUCGUCCGGAUCCGGAUCUGCAAAGCAGAACAACCAGACUCAGAACAAUGUUAAGGUGAUGGAGAAUCGCUUGGACCGGGCUUUGACCAAAUUUAAUCUGCAACUAGCAAAAAAUUCCAAGAUGAGGGAAGACAUUGACAUACUGAGAAUUGAACGUUCUCGUUUUGACCAACUGUAUAAAAGACUUGAAAAGGAACUGCUUCAAACCCGAAAGGAAAUUGGUACAGUGAUUGAUGAGUCAUCUGCAGCUUACGAUGCAAGGGACGAGGCUCAGACUAAAAUGCUACAAAUGAAGGAAAAGGCCGAAAAGGACCUGAACCAGCACACAGCAGAGAUUAAGGAGCUUCAGCGUGUUAUUGAUCAUGACCGCAGACUCAAGGAGUUUAUGGGAACUAAGACUCAGGAGCGCUCAGUCAGCGAAGAAGUGCUUGAUGCCCGACGCAGGAGAGAAAAAGAAGAGCAAGAAAGAAAAAAGAGAGAUCCAACAGAAGACACCAUUGAGACCUAUGAACAAGCUUUCCAGCAAAUCCAGUCUGUCACUGGUGAAGACAACCUUGACAUAUUAGUCAACAGAUUCAUUGAAGUGGAGGAUCGCAACUUUGCCUUAUUUAAUUAUGUUAAUGAGCAGAACAAUGAAAUCGAGAGGCUGACAGAACAGAUAACGGAGAUCAAAAGGGAGAUUGAAGAAUUCAAAGCCCAGGGAGUACGACUAGAGCAAGAGCACCGGUCAAUUCUUAAAAACAUUGAAGGCAAACAAGAGGAGGCAGUGAAACAAGUAGAUGGCUACCAACAGCAACUGAAAGGAGUCAUGAAAAUUUUAGAUCAGCUGAAGUCAGGAAUCGAUUCCUUGUUCAAGAAGAUAAAUUGUGACCGUUCUGUCCUGGACGAAAUGUUGGGCACUUCAUCUAGCAUUCGCGAAGCAAACAUAAUGCAGUAUCUAGGCCUCAUUGAGCAGAAAACUAACGAGCUUCUGGCCGCUCAGUCCUUCCUCGACUCCAAGAACUAUGACAAACCAUAUGACCCGCAAGAAACAGCCCGAGUUCUUCUGGGACAGUUGGUUGACCUGCACCCACCAGUCUUUGAGAUACAACCACCUGGCACAGGAGAUGAGUAUGACAGCGACAGUGACUCCCCGACCGCAGAUGAAGAGGAGAGACCGCUGACUCAGGCAGAACUGCGGGAAAGAAUAAUGAGAGGGGUUUUAAAAAAGGAAAUGAAAGCCAGCAGAAAAGGAUUUCCAAGUGAAACUUCCCUUGCCAAGAUGGCGACAUCAAAGAAAUAAGAGUAAACAAGCCAAUAACCGGAAAACCGCAUAUAAAACAUAUAAGGAUGUCGGGACAAUAUGUAUUUAUGUGACAAAUAUGCCAAUAAAUUCAAGU